CGAGUUGUCUCAGUUACCUCCCUUGUGUGGUACGCGGAAGAGACAGGUAGACAGAUGGCGACGUCACGGGAGGAGAAAGUGAUGGAAUUCCUGACCUGUGUGAUCUGCCAGGAACAGUACACAGACCCGUGUACACUGAGGUGUGAUCACACAUUCUGCAGGAAAUGUGUCACCUCAUACGUCCAGACCAGACCAGAUGCUGUACAGUCCAAGACCAUCCCCUGUCCCUGCUGUCGACAAGACACCAAGGUCCCCACCCCAGGAGGCCGGUGGAGGAGUGGGCGGGGCAGAUCAAAGCCAGCAUCAUUAUACAGGGGCUGAUUGACACACAGGAACCUUCUACAAGUACUGCAGGUACUGUUUCGUGUUGCUCGCUGUGUGAGAAGUUAGGGGAGACAACUCCAGGAGCCUUAUGGUGUUCUGAGUGUGAAGUGUUCCUCUGCAAAAGAUGUGUCAAGAUGCAUCGUGCAAAUCCAGCAUCACAUGACCAUGAAAUGUGUGACCUUUCAGGAGAGGUCAAGGUCAAGAGAAGACGUAAGGCUGUAUGUCAGGAACACAAGGGUGAGGUUAUAAAGUUCGUCUGUAAAGACUGUCACAAAGCCGCAUGUCAGACAUGCUGCGUGCUUCACCACAGGAAAUGUGAGUCUGUCGUUACCAUGGAGUCAGUGAUGCCAACCAUGAAGUACCAUUUGAGAAAGAGCACGAAUGUACUGACAAAGAAAAUAAGCAAAAAACAAACGUUGAUUCGGAAAACGCACAAGAAAAUUAGAGGAAUAGCGAAAACUAAACUAACAGUAGAACAUAACAUCAAAUCUGCUGUUAAAAGAGUCAUCGCCAGCAUCAGACAAAAGGAAAAACAGCUGAUGAAUGAAGUCAAGGACAUUACAGACAAACAAACACAGCAACUUAAGGCAGAUAUUAAACUUGAAGAGAUCGAGAUGCAGAUGUACAGACAACAUUGUGAGUUCAUUGACCAGGCCUUGGUAUCGGACUGUGAGAUGGACCUGUAUGACGCGUAUCAGGCCUGGGAGUCUGGAGCUGUAGAGAUGGAGGAUGUCAGGGAUACAGAGGCAGCAGACACCCGGAGAAUAGAUGACAUCAUCUUUACACCUGACACUGACAACGUCCUGAAGGUCUUAGAUAACCUGCAGUUGGGGAAGAUUGACGUCACAUACCAGGACCAGGGUACAUAUCUGCCAUCUCCAGUGCUGGUUGACACGAUAGAUGGGAGGAUGGAGGGUGAUCAGAAGAACCCUCUUCUACAUGAUGUGACAGUCCUGGUUGUAGAUGGUGUACAGACAUGUGUUGUUACGGACUGUGAUAACAAGUGUGUGAAAUCUUUCUUCACAAGAAAUAAUCAUUCAUGCCAUAGUAAACUUCCCCUGGAUAACCCUCCACAUGGGAUGACACAGUUGAAUGAGAAGCAGGUGAUGGUUGCUGUCCCAUACUCCCUUCAGAUUGUAACAGUAGAAGUGACCCCUGACCUGGUGCUGCUCUCUACCAUCACAACACGUACCGGAUACUACAGUCUGGCUGUUCUGAAUCCUUCAUCUCUAGCAGCAGGUGCUUGUGAAUGUGUUGAUAUCCUGGACAUGGCUGGACACGUGUUGAGGUCAGUCACUACAUACAAUGGCGACUCACUGUUUGCCUGUCCCUUCUACAUGUGUGUCAACAACAAGGGCAAGCUACUCGUGUCUGACUAUGGGAAGACGUCUGUGACAUGUCUGACGUCAGAGGGGGAUGUUGUGUGGAGAUACGCCCCUGCCGGAGACAGAGCACUCAGCUACCCUCGUGGUAUCACAACUACCAGCACAGGAGACAUCCUGCUUGUAGACAGGGACACCAGAAGGUGAUACAGCUGACAGAGUCGGGGAGUUUGUCAGAGACUAUCGAGAUCAUUGGUUAUCCACGGGGAUUGUAUGUAGACAGACAUGAUACAAUGUAUGCGUGUGACGAUUCUCAAAUUCUGGAAUUCAACUUUAUGUAGUCACAUAUGUAGUAUGCAUCCCAGCAUCAGUAAAAUAUAAGUUACACAAUAACAGAUCAGAACAGAUGUUUUGAUCAGAUUGGAUAGUGUUUGGAUUUGAAAACUGAUCAAAGAAAUGUGCAUCACCAGAAAUGCAUUCCACAUGAUUAAACACACAUCAUCAGCUCAGAA